CUUUUUAUUUUGGGACACCGGCAUUUCUGUGAGUCAUCGCCUGCACAGACGCUACAGACUGUAGGGAGCUGUCGUUAUCUGCCGUUCAUUUACCACAGUCGUAUUCGGAGCCACGCAUUUCUCUCUCAUUGCCUGACAGGAUUGAGAUGUUACAUUUUAGGGUUUCGACAAUCUUGAAGGAGUCUUUUGAAGCCACCCUCAAGCGUCCUUUCCCCAUCUUUAAUCAGAGGAGCUGGUUGCCGACCCGCCGCCGCCGCUGCUGCUGCUUCAGUACGGUCUCAUGUGAUGCCAGACUUGUGUCCUCUCGGCUGAAUGUUCUCCACGCAGCUCCUCUCCGCACCGCACCCUGCGCCGCCCCGGUCCGCCUGUACUGCGUGAAAACUGAAGGCGCUCCGGUGGAGCCCGAUGACCACGUGAAGAAAGAUGGUUCUGGGAGCGAAGAGAACGAAAAGCGAAGAAAUGCAGGAAUUCUUCCAAGUUUGGAGGACUUGCUCUUCUACACGGUCGCAGAGGGUCAGGAGAAGAUUCCUGCUCACAAGUUUUUGACUGCACUCAAAGCUACUGGGCUCCGCACAGGAGAUCCUCGUCUGAAAGAAUGCAUGGACACGCUGAAGGAGACUUUGAAGAAGACCACAGAUGGCGUGACGCUUGACAGGCACCUGUUCAAGAAGUGUGUCCAGAGCAACAUUGUCCUGCUUACACAGGCUUUCCGCAAGAAGUUCGUCAUCCCUGACUUCCAGUCCUUCACCUCCCAUAUUGAUGAGCUUUAUGAGAAUGCCAAAAAACUCACUGGAGGACAGGUCGCAGACUACAUUCCUCAGCUUGCUAAAUUCAGCCCUGACCUGUGGGCAGUGUCCCUGUGCACCGUUGAUGGACAGAGACACACGGUGGGAGACACCAAGGUUCCGUUCUGCCUGCAGUCAUGUGUCAAGCCUCUCAAGUAUGCUGUUGCUGUUAAUGAUCACAGCACACAGUACGUGCACAGUUUCAUAGGGAAGGAGCCCAGUGGUCUGCGCUUUAAUAAGCUUUUCCUCAAUGAAGAUGAUAAACCCCACAACCCAAUGGUGAACGCUGGAGCUAUUGUUUGUACCUCACUCCUUAAGCAAGGCGUAAGCAAUGCAGAGAAAUUUGACUAUGUCAUGAAUUUCCUAAAGAAGAUGGCAGGGAAUGAGUACGUGGGUUUUAGCAAUGCCACAUUCCAGUCGGAGCGUGAGUCAGGAGACCGGAACUUUGCGAUCGGUUACUACCUGAAAGAAAAAAAGUGUUUCCCAGAGGGAACAGACAUGACGUCUGUGCUGGACUUGUAUUUUCAACUGUGCUCCAUUGAAGUGACCUGCGAAAGUGCCAGCGUCAUGGCAGCCACCCUGGCCAACGGUGGCAUCUGCCCGAUCACAGGCGAGCGCGUGCUGACCCCAGAGGCCGUGAGGAACACCCUGAGUCUCAUGCACUCCUGCGGCAUGUAUGAUUUCUCGGGACAGUUUGCUUUCCAUGUCGGACUGCCUGCAAAGUCUGGAGUGGCAGGGGGCAUCUUGCUAGUUGUGCCCAACGUGAUGGGCAUCGUGUGCUGGUCACCACCCCUCGACAAGCUUGGCAACUCAGUGAGAGGAAUCCAGUUUUGCACGGACCUGGUCGAGCUUUUUAACUUUCACAACUAUGACAACCUGAGGCACUUUGCCAAGAAGCACGAUCCUCGCAGAGAGGGAGGGGACCAGAGGCAGCAACACACCUUCGGACCCAUGGAUUAUGAGAGCCUCCAACAAGAGCUAGCUCUGAAAGCCCCUCUUUGGAAAAAAGUCUCUCCCACUGAGUCAAACCAGGACAGCUCCACCACUGUAGUCUAUAGGAUGGACAAAGUCGGCGAGUGAAACCUAUAAUAAGACACACCCCCAACCGCACUCUUGCAACAACAACUCCACCUUUCCUCGUCAUUGAAAUGUAUAAUAAGUUAUGUAAAGGAUUAUUUAUUUUCUGUAAAUUGGUUUAUUUUUGCAGACGGAGGGAGCUCAUUUUUAUUUUAUGGUAAAAAAUAGGUUAAAGUCUUCUUUUGUUUUGCUUUGAAUUCCUAAUGAGCUUCAACCUGUUUGUCUAGAACUGGAUGUUCCGUUUACAGGUUGAGCUUCUGCUUAAUCUCCACUGCCGUUUUGCAUAUUAUCCUUUUUCCCUUUUUGUUUUUUCUUAAAGAGGAGAGGGUUGAUUUAUGGGGAAGGGAAAAAAUCAAACGACCAACACGAGAAAAAAACCCCCAAAAAACAAAGUAUGAAUGUGUUCUGGAGCCUCGGUACAGCCAGGACAUUUGAAACAUAUUUGCACAUGAUUAGAAAACAAUGCUGCACGGGCGUGUUAAUAGAUGUCCAGAUUAAAAAGAGUAUGUGCGAGUAUUUUAGAUAAAUCAAAGCUGGAAUUUUCUUUUUAAAACAAAUAUUCAGGUUUUUUAAUCAGUCAGAUGACUGUUCUGUUUCCUCUUGAAGUCUAGCUUGACUUCAUCAUUUUCUAUUCCUCUGGGCUGUUACUCGAUGAGAACAGCUGUAGCUUUUUGAGAAGUCAAACUCUGAUUUGUAAAGAGUUGGCUUUGUCUUAUAUGUCAUUCUGAUGCAACAAAGUUUGCAAAAUUAAAAGUUGUGCUGCUCAAAGCAGACAGCUUAUCUCACAUGCUUUCUCAAAGCAUUGUUGCACUGCAUGUUUAACAUGUGUGUGAUCCCUUAGUUCAGAAAUGUGCCUACUUUCUACCAAAAAUAUCAAACAAAACAGCUGACAUGGUGUUAAAGAGAAACGCUUUAGACCUUUUGUGCUUUAUUAAAGACUACUGUUUUUUAAUGAAAAGCAGCAGCAGAUAGAGUGAAUGUAAAACUUGCACCUGUCAUUGAUGAGAAACACCGCUAGUAAAAAGAACAUACCACAUUCCUAUGUGACAUGAAUCAGCCACGAGCUGUCCUGUUAAAGAUUCAGUGAUUUAUUAUGCUGUUCAUCCAGUUUUUUGUCUGUUUUAAAAGAUGUUGCCAUGUGACGGCAUGUACAUUUAGAAAAGCAGCUUUAUUUUUUUUUUAGAUAAGGAAACUUCUAAACCCCAGAACAGUUUCCACCGACCCGUUUCAUGGGUUACGCACAGUAGGCAAAUCUACUCCUCUAAAGAUGCAAUCCAUUUUUUAGUGUUUUGGAAAACUGUCUGCAGGGAAAAAACAGCAUCUAAACCUUGAUAAUCCAAUCUGAUAGCUGCUGGCCCAGAAUCACAACAAACGUUCAGUAUUAUUUGCUCUGUGAAUGUGUGAUACGUGCUGCACUUCCAUGCAGCAGGUGCAGCGGUGCUCCUCACUGACGUACCAUAACGUGUGGAUGUUCUACAUUUAGAACCCUUCAGGAAAUGAACCUUUUUGCACAUGAACAUCAGCAGAUGCCUUAAUUAUUGCUCUGGGAGGAGAGUUUUAGCUGGUUUUGACGUCUUGACUGCUGAUCUGUUUCAAGACUGCUCUCUCUUAUAAAUAUAUAUAUAUAUAUAUAUGUUACAUUGCAUUUUUGAAUUUCUAUUUUUGUUUGUUUUUCUGUAAAUUAGGCCUGUUCAUUGUUUGUGAGUACAAAGUAUUCAAAAGCCUCAGUCAUCAUUAGGGCUACCAGACGAGGACAGAUGAAGCUGCUUUAUCAACAUAUUGUUGCUAUAUGAUACAUAUUUUGUUGGAACAUUCUAAAAAAAACGUAUUCAGCUUUAAACAUUAAAAUUGUAAAAUGUUGUUUUUAAAGUUUUUGGUUUGCGUUUUUCUAAUAUAGGAAACUGUGAAGUUAUUUGAGUUCACACUGUCAGAGUAAAAGGACACACUGCAGUUUUAGGAAAUCGGGACAUUAAAAUAUUGAGACUUUUUAGGUCACUAAGUGAACCAAAAACAGUUAUUUUAUUUUAGGCUAUAUUUUCUGUUUGUAGUUUUACCAUCAGAGCAGCUCCUUGAAGACCGAGAUGUCCCACAUUUGGUCAAAUAUCUCUCAGUAUGCAGGUAUUCCUGGGCUGUAGAUACCAAACAUAGCAUAAACAUAAAGUGUUAAGCUGAACUUUACGUUUAAGGGAAAGGUUUUGAGGUUCCUCUCCUCUCUCAUUUCACGUCAUUUCAGAGUUUCAUUCACAAAAUGUAGGAGCUGUAACGUGGACCACCACUACCUGAGAAUCAUUCCAACCAAUCCACUGUCCUUUUAUAAUCAAUCUAAUUGUGAUCAAUCAGAGCAAUAAAUGACAUCUUCUGGUCUCAUGGGAGCUGAUCUGGAUAAAGUAAAACUUUCCAAAAAUGUAAUUAUUAAAAUUUUACUGUGUGAUAAAGGGGCUUUUGAAUCUUGUUACCAGAAUUUCCAUGAAAAUCACUGUUUUUUUGUGGACGCCACACGCCAUGAAUGUUGUCCUUUUCUUUUCUGUUUUGCAUGCGACAUUUGUAAAUGGAGAUAUUGUCUGUUUAAUCCCAUCUUUUGAUGUUUUGUUUGAUUUUCUUGCACAUUUCCCACGUAUUUGUUAAUUUAUGACAAAAUUGUGUUUUUUAACAUAUGUUGAACUGGAAAUUUUUUUGUAAUAAUCACUACUUCAACGUUUGAUUCAACUCAGAAAUUGUAAGGUUUCAUUAUUAGUGAUGUCAUAAAUAAUUUGGCUUUUGAUCCCAUCAAUAUUUUAUUCUAUCAUUGUGUCAAAAGAAUUCUUUGAAAAAAAUUGAAACCAUACAAUUUCCAUUUUUGUGUCCCGUUGUAAUUGUGUAAAAAGUCUCCAUUAACUGUCAUACUGUUGUGUCUGCUUGAAGACCCCUGCGACAUGUGAACCUGUUCUAAUCAACACUUCAGAGAAAUGACUUCUUUGGCUGUGGUGGGCCAGCAGACAAAACAGUACAAACAUUGUUUUACUUUUCUUUGGUGUUGUUGCCUUUGUGUCUCAUGCAAUAAAAUAAAAUGAAGCACUUUUGUAUUA